AUACGAUUUUUAUAAUGAUUAAAAUAAAUUAUAGUCAAUUAUCAGAAUUUACAGAAUUUAAUGAAACAUUAUUUGAUGAUAAUUACUGUAAAUCCGAGAAAGAUCUUCGUAAUUUACCCAAAAAUUCAGGAAUCAAACUGUCCGAAGAGAAGACAGAAAUAAAGGUUAAAAAAAUGGAUUUAUCUUUUGUGCAGAAUAAAACGAUAGAAAGUGUUUUGGAAUAUCUGGGUAAUAUUUGGAGAACAUUACAAUAUAAAAUAGGCUGGAGAAAAUCCGAGGUUGAAUUAACCGCUAAGGAAAAAUUCGUUAAAGAAUUUUGUAAAGAAGUGAGAUCAAUAUUUGAUUUCGUCAGAGAUUAUUAGAAAUAAUUGAAUUUUACAAUAGAUAAUUUGGUUUAUAUUCUUUUAAAAUUGCUCAUUAAAAUCAUCAUUUA